AUGCACCGACACGUCGAGUUUAUGUCGCGGUUCUCGAUCACGCUCGGUUUGUCGAUGCCUGGCGCGCGCGCAGUGCCGCCCGCAGCUGACAGAGCAAAGCCCCACCCUAACGGGAUGCGGCCGACUGGUUCCUCUGCGCGCGAGGCGCUCCUCACCCGACUGCGCGGCGACGACAAGCUCCUCCGUCUCGCCCUCGCCAUGCUCGUCAAGCUCACGCCGUUCUCGUUUGUCGCGCGUCCGGCUCCACUGAGCAAGGUCUGGGCCCACCGGUUCACCUGUGAGCAGUUCUCGCAGGGCCGCAAAGAAGCCGCGCUUGGAAUCGCCGUCUCUCCGUUUAUGGACGGCAAGUCGACGUCUGUCACCAAGGGCCUCACCUCCAUCGCCCGCAUCGUAGUCAAGCCCAUGUUCCAGGCUUGGGUCGCCGCCUUUGGCGGCAUCGAGCUCACGUCCAACGUCAAUGCCUUCCUCACCACGUGGCUCACCAAGCUCCCCGAGGUGGCCGCCGCAGAGCACGACGCCGCCGUCGCGGCCAUGACUGCUUACGACACUGCCUACUUUCGCCCGCGCUUUGUCGAGUCGCUGCUCUCGUACGCCGGCGAUGUCCACGAUCCGGAGCUCAUUUCGGCCAUGCCGUUGGUCGAUGAUCGGCUGGACAUCGCCGACGACGUCUGUGCGUUCUCCGAGCCUGCCCUCACCACUGCGUGCCAGGAAGAAGAUAGCUGA